GGCAGGAAGUUAGCCGCGGCUAACAGGAAGCCGGACCAUGACGCCACGGUGAGGAGCAGGAUUUGGCAGCGAGCAACGAGUCCAAACAGUCCGAACGGUCCGAACAGGCUCGUUACUGCCGGUCCAAGUCCACCGGGAACAGGAGGAACAAAAAUCGUCCACCUGUGUAUGAAGACAAGUCAGAGGCAGCUAUGUCUUCAGCGGUGGAUCUCAAGACCAAGGAGGAGAAAGAUGCAGAGUUGGACAGACGAAUCGAAGCUUUGAGGAAGAAGAAUGAAGCUCUGGUCAAGAGGUACCAGGAAAUAGAAGAGGAUAAGAAGAAGGCGGAGCAGGAGGGCAUUGCCGUGACAACACCUCGUAAGCCUCGCCCUCACGAGCCAGAGACGGACAGGCGGAAGACGGAAAAAGAAAACUUCACCGUCACAGUCGACCUUUCUAAACCGGCAGGGGAGAAAAGAGUCGUGAACGACUGGAAACCUGGAACUCCUCGUGGCCGAAAGUCGUCAGAGGAGAGCGACAGCCACAGAGGGCAGAGCGACGGUCGCAGCCCACCCAGGAGGACGGGCUCUGGUCGGGUUGGUAGAGGAGGAGGAGGUGGAGGUGGUCGGCAAGAGAGGAGAGAGUGGGAACCAAGGACGCCCAGAGAUGGAGAACCUGGUGAGGCAGGAGGUCCAGGACGCCGAGGAGGAAGGAGAGGAAGAGGAGGAGGAGGAGGAGAAGGAACACCAGGUGGAAUGGACAGGAAGUCUAAGGAAUGGGAGGAGAAGAGGCGACAGAACAUUGAGAAGAUGAACGAAGAAAUGGAGAGAAUAGCAGAAUAUGAGAGAGGGCAGCGGGUGGACGGGGACAAACCGAUCCGAAACUUCUUGGACGACCCGAGACGUUCAGGUCCGGCGCCGGAUGUGGAUCGGAAGGAGGGCAGCAGGAGACACGUACGGAACUGGGGAGGUCUGGACUUCGACAAUGUGAAGACCGGAGCCGAACUGGAGAAAGAGUGGACCAGUCGAAGGCCCGGUCCGAAAGGCUCCGUGGACAUGACUAUGUCGAUGACCGGCCGGGAGAGAGCCGAGUACCUCCGCUGGAAGAAGGAGCGCGAGCAGAUCGACGAGGAGAGGUUAGCUCGCCAUCGCAACGCCACCGGACAGUGGAGACGAGAGUGGGACGCACAGAAGACAGACAACAUGUUCAAGGAGGACCCAUAUGUAGCUGCUGAGGGCGUCGCAUCGGAGCAGGGCAGCAGGAGAGCGCGGGGGCGUACCUCUCGCACAGAGCCUCGGGGCAGGGCCUCAGAUGAUAGCAAACGGCCUCCAAAAGCUCCCACAUUCGGCGACUUCCUGUCUCAGGGCCGGAGCCAGGGGCCCCGAGGGGACCGGAGCCGAGGGAAGGGCCGAGGACAGAAACCCAGCUACAGCAUGCAUGACAACCGCUGGGAGGCAGAGAAGGAGGAAGAAGAGAAGGAAAAGGAGGACAAGACGAAGAGGGAAGAGAAGACAAAGAAGACGGAGAAGGAAGACGAUAAACCCAAACCUGCCGCAGCACAAAAGGUGGAGGAGAAGAACGGGGACGGAGAGGAAGACGAAGACGAAUGGGAGGACGCCAGCGACGGAGAGGACGAAGGCAGCGACUUGGAACACGACUCCAGAGGCGACGAGAAGAAAGACACCGGCAAAGAGAAGCGAGCGGAGAGCAAAGACUCCUCGACGGCAUCCCCAAAGCACCGCUCUCGACCAACGUCGGCAGGAAGCCCCAAAGAGCAGCGGACCCCUCGGCCGAAGGUCCACAUCCCCCCGCCGGCUGCGGCUCAGGACUCACCGGAGGGAGGAAAACCCCUCAGCCCCUUCUCACCGCUGGACGGACACCAGCCAGUGUCCGACUGGGGGGAAGAGAUGGAGAUGCAGUCGCCUCGCAGCAGCAUGGGAGGCGAGAGUCCUCUGAAACCCCCCAGCGCCGAGUCCAGCCCACCACAGAAGAAGAACCAGGAGGAGGAGAACCAGGCUGGCAGCUCCAGUGAACCACAGAAAGAGGAAACAGCCUCAGAUGUUUCUUCUCCUCCAGAAACUCUGCAGAAAGAACCAGAACCAGACUCCCAGGCUCUAGCACCAUCUGACUCCGCCCCCUGUGAGGUGUCUGACUCCGCCCCCUUCUUCGAAGCUUCCUCUGAAGCUGCUGAGACGAUGUACCAGGAACAGGAAACACCUGCUGCUCCAUCACAAGCAGCCAGUCCUCCUCCUGCCGUCCUGGAGGCCGAACAGAGCAGCUCUGAACCAGCGGCAGAGAAAGACGACGACGACGGUCCGACAGCAGAACCAGAACAGACGUCCUCAGGAUGAAGCCGAACUCACAUCUGAGGAGGACGAAGGAGGAUGAAGAGCUUCACUACUCAUCACUGGAUCACAUAUCUGAAAUAAAGAAAAGAGAAAAAAAAAAAGACUUGAACAUGAGGAGGAGCAGGAGGAACUGUGCAUCGCCUCCAUGGACCAACCUCUUUUUAGCUGUUUUUUAAAGUCUGACAGUGUUUCACUUCACUGUGUUUAGUAAGGAAAUAUCAAAUGUUAAUGUCAGUCAAAGCCUCUGCAAAGUUUCUGCACUGACAGAAUGAACUAAGCAUGACUGUGUUUUGUUCAUGUGUAAAAAAAAAUAUCACUUUUCACUGCCCUCAGACUCUCACAGAAGUCAGGAAUAAGUCAUUUAAUCCCUCAGAGAUAUUGAUAAUGAAUUAAACUCCACCUCAGGCUGGCGGCUACAACCAGCCGACCCAUCUGGGAGGUAAAAACAGUGGUUUACAUGGUGAUAGCAUGUUUUGUCCAGCCGAAUGUCAGAAAAACUGAUUAUGUUGUUGGUCUACAUUAUUUUUAGAGACAAUAAGUGAUGAUUUUUUUGGUCCAAACACAAUUUCUGGCUGCUACAGAAACACAUGGCUCAUUUCUGUGCUGGUUUUUCAGUAAUUUGAUUCACUUUGUGUCUCAUAAAGGCCGUCUUGUUAGCUAGCUAACUUUAGAAAAAGUGAGCUAACCACCCUCUGUCCUGUUGUCAACACUCUGGCUAACAGAUUUAGCAGAAGUCUGUGUAUAAAGCUUAACUUGGCUUUUGAUGGAUAGUUUGAAAGAAAAAAAUAUUCAUAACACAUUCAUAGCCAUCAAAGCUGGUGCUUACAUUACCCACAGUGCAACUUGUUUUAUAGAUACAGGUGUGCUAGCAGUGGCUAAUUUAGCAGAAGCCUGCUUUUAAAGCUUAGUCUUGUUAGCAUUACAUAUUUUUCAUAUUUUUGGACUUUUGAUGGAUAGUUUGAACGGAAAAAAUCAAAAACAGUGCAGCAGAGCGAGAAAUUGCAUUUUUCUUAACCUGCACAUUCAUAAGUCAAAACUGGUGCUUACAUUACCCACAAUGCAACUUGGUUUAGAGAGUCAGGUAUUUUGGCGGUGGCUAAUUUAGCAGCUACAGAGGCAGUUAGCUCAACUUUUUAGUUCUAAACCUACAAAUUUUUCCAUUUUUUUUUAAUGUGAAAUGAGGCAUCAGGUGCAUUUUGUUGCAGCUUUAAUUAUCUGUUUGUGGUGGCCAUCUUAGAUUGUUCCAUCACAGUGAUCUCAGAAACUAAUUUAUAUGUUGGUUUUGAUUUGAAAAAUGGUCAUUUCUUCAGUAAUUUUAUUCACUUUGUCUCAAUAAGGCCAUCUUAUUAGCUAGCUACCUUAGAAAAGGUGAGCUAACCAACCUCUGUCCUGUUGUAAACACUCUCGCUAACAGAUUUAGCAGAUAUCUCUGUUUAAAGCUUAACUAUGCUAAUUUAGCAUUCCACAUUUUAACAUUUUUUUGGACUUUUAGUGGAUAUUUUUUGGGGGGGAAGGGUGAAAGUCAGUGCUGCAAAGCCAGAAAUGUCCACUUUUUAACCCACACAUUCAUAACAGUCAAAACUGGUGCCUACUUUACCUACAAUGCAACUUGGUUUUGAGAUUCUGGUAUGCCAGUGGUGGCUAAUUUAGCAGCUACAGAGGCCGGUUAGCUCAACUUUUUAAUCACAAAAGCUGCAGAUUUCUCCCAUUUUUAAACCUGAACUGAGAUGAAUAGUUGCAGCUUUAAUUAUAUAUUGUUGGCGUUUGUGGCGGCUAUCUUGGAUUGUUCCAUCACAGUGAUCUCGACUUUUAUGAGCCCAAGGAAAUCAAGGUUCCUUAUUGCUGCAAAGCUCCGAAAAGACUUAUCAUGAAGCUGUUUUACUUUAUCUUUGUACAUUUGUGUAUGAAUUAAUUCAAUUUUACAGUCGAAAUUCCAACUAAUCACCGUCUAUUGUGGGAUUUUUCUUUAGCACAACCAACAAAAACUAAAUCAUGUUGUAUAAUAAUGUGAAACUGGGUCUAAACUGCUUCACUGAUCAUGUUGGUUACAUUUAAAUCCAGAGUUUAAGAGGAAAAAGGAGAUUCUAUUAGAACAUAUUUAGCUAAUUUUUGCGCAUUUUGACAUCAUGUGACCAAAUCUCCUCUUAAAGUCCAAAACACCAAUCAUGUAGUCAAAGCGGUCGCUCUGCUGUUUUAUUUCUGCGUCAUAAUCAGGAAACAUUUGCUUUUUUCGCUGACUGUGUCAUCGUUUUAUGGUUCCGUAGGGUUCUGAAUCCUCUGAUGUUUUACAGGAAUGUCUGACACACUGCUUCCUAAAUUUAAUUUCUUUUUACAAACAAUGGUUUCGUUCCAAAAACACUUAAGUUCCUAUCAUUUUAGCAGCUGUUUUCGGAGCGUAAUCGACUACUUUGCUGUUUUUCUUCAUUAUUUUGGAAUGAAACCUUUGUCUCGUACCUCAAACAGUCGAAGGGCUUCGGUUCGAUUUGUUCUUUGUUUUCUGGAACCUUUAAAUCAUCUAAGGACGAACGGGACGCUUUGAUGUUUUUGCGACGCGUCUGGGUGGGAAAAAAAAACUGCAAUAUGUACAGUUUUAUAAGCGGAAAUGAACAUUCCACAGUUGGGUGUUUGUAUUCGGUGAGGAAUCUUUGAAAUAAGUCUCUGGUUUCAUUUUAUUUUCACGCUUUUUUAAGGUAUAAAGCAGCCGUUUUACCGUCCACGCUGAAAAUAGAAAGCAAACUGUCCCAUUGUACUUUUUUAUUCUUGUUGAAGCAUUGUCAGGCUAAAAAAUGUCAUUAUUAUCAGCGUUAGCAAAGCCUAAGUGGUUCAUACACCACAUUUAUGAGCUAGUUUAUCGAUUAGCCUCAGUUAAAUUAGCUAAGCAGAGCAGUCACUGAGCUCAAACAUGAAAUUAAACCAACUUUUUCUUGAUUUUUGGCAUUUAAAUGAGGCAAAAAUGCUUAAGUACACAUGUUCUAGGUCAAAAUGGAUCUUAGUGAAGCCAUUAGAAGCUUUAAUUUGGGAAUUUGAGCUACUAAACAAGCUCUCUUUGAUGAAAUCUGGUUUUCUGUUUCCCUUUAGCAGCCAACUAUUGACUUUUAGCUCCAUUUGAUGCACGUUUUAGUUUAGUUUUUCCACUUUUUCCUCAUGUUUCUGGGGUUUUUCCUUCACAAGGCUGCGGGGAAUUUUAAUCAUUUUCUUCUGUGAAAUCUUCCCUCAACUCUUGACUUUUAAGAGACUCUGAGGAGUUUUUUAUUUUUGGCUCUGAUGACUGAUUGUAUUUAAGGUUGCAGAUGUUUCAUCCGUUUCUACCGUGUCUUCCUGUUUGAGAAUUAACGAGCUUUGCCUUUUUGUUUGUUUGGUUUUUUUUUUGGAGUGGCGUUUCAUACAAUUUAUCAGAGCUGGUAUGAAAUCUUUUUAUUUCCAUGUUGUCGAAGCCAUCGGUGACAUUUCUGAGGAAGAGUCCACAUGUUUGUCACCCCAGAUAUGAAAUGUAAAGCACAGGGCUGCUUUUUCUGUUUUGUUUUUUUUCAUUUAGCCAAUAAAUGUAUUUCUUUGA